GCGCGGGGCGCAGUUUCUCGCCGGGAAGGGGCGGGUGAGUGGCGCUCCGUGGCGUCCCGCGCAACCGCGCUGCCCGCGGGCUCGCAGCUGGCGCGGCUGCUCGCCGUGCGCGGGGGCUCGGAGAAGGGCUCCGCGCUUCUUCCUCCUGGGCGAGAUUGGCGGGGUCCGACCUAGGGGCUGGCCCGAGGCCCCGCUAUGGACGGCGAGAGCGAAGUGGAUUUUUCUAGCAACCGGUUAGCCCCUUUAUGGCGGAGGCGGUCGACCCCCGAGCCCCAGCUGCUGGGCCGGAGCAAGCCGAGGCCCCAGUCCUACCAGAGUCCCAGCGGGCUGCUGAUCACAGACUUCCCGGUGGAGGACCUGGGCGCGCUUCCCGCGGCGCAGACGCCCGCGCAGCUGCCCGCCGCGUCGGGCGGCAGGACGGUGCCGAGGAGCCCCCUCCCGCUUUGCGCCCGCCGGGGGACGGUGACGAACGGGCGGACGAUCUCCCCGGAGUACAGAGCUGCUUCUCCUCGCCCCCGACGGUCCAAGUCGCCGCAAGUCCCCACAGCGGCCUCGGGAGGCUCCCCCAAGUCCUCGGCCAAUGGCGUGGCGACCUCGUCUGCCCCGCCGCUGCCGCCGCGCACCCCGCGGACUCCUGCGGUUUCCGCGCCCUGCAGCCCCGAGGACCCCGCCGGGGUGACCGCCAGCCGGGUGCCUUCGCCCACUAUCAACGGCCUCGCUCCUAAAAACCAUUCCUCUGCCUCCCGUUCUCAGUCUGCGCCGGCGGCUCAGGACCCAGAGCGGGGGCCCUCGGGGCUCUCCAGUGCGACCCAGAAACGGUCUUCCGAGCAAAACUCCCCCCUCCAAAGGCUGCCCUCACAGGAGAACGAGCUCCCCGAAACUCCUAAUGUGGUUUUGAGUACAAACAGCCCUGCUGCCCUCAAAGUGGGGAAGCAGCAGAUCAUUCCGAAGAGCCUCGCCUCAGAAAUUAAAUUAAGUAAGUCGAACAGUCAGAAUGUGGAGCCCCACAAGAGACUCCUCAAGGUGCGCAGCAUGGUAGAGGGCUUCGGAGCACCGCUGGGUCAGGCAGGGGAAGAGAGGGACGUGGACAAUGACGUGGAUAGCCCGGGGUCUCUGCGGCGAGGCUUGCGGUCCACAUCCUACCGCAGGGCCGUAGUCAGUGGCUUUGAUUUUGACAGCACGAACAGCUCAAAGCAGAAGAACAGGAUGUCCCAGCCUGUCCUGAAAGCCGUGAUGGAAGACAAGGAAAAGUUUUCCAGCUUGGGAAGAAUAAAGAAAAAAAUGCUGAAAGGACAAGGAACAUUUGAUGGGGAAGAAAAUGCAGUCCUAUAUCAAAACUACAAAGAAAAGGCUCUUGACAUUGACUCUGAUGAAGAGUCGGAGUUCAAAGAACAGAAGUCAGAGGAAAAAAUUGUGAUUCACCAUAAGCCUCUGAGAUCCACGUGGAGCCAGCUCUCGGCAGUGAAAAGAAAUGGGUUGUCUCAGACAGUGAGCCAGGAGGAAAGGAAGAGACAAGAGGCAAUCUUUGAAGUCAUAUCGUCUGAACAUUCAUAUUUACUCAGCUUGGAGAUCUUGAUUCGAAUGUUUAAAAAUUCUAAAGAACUGAGUGAUACAAUGACUAAAACUGAGAGACACCAUCUUUUCUCUAAUAUUACAGACGUCUGUGAGGCCAGCAAAAAGUUCUUCACAGAGUUGGAAGCGAGACAUCAGAAUAACAUCGUCAUAGAAGAUAUAAGCGACAUUGUAGAAAAGCAUACAGCAUCCACGUUUGAUCCCUAUGUGAAAUAUUGCACAAAUGAAGUCUACCAACAACGAACUCUACAAAAAUUGUUAGCCACCAACCCCUCCUUUAAGGAAGUGUUGUCUCGGAUCGAGUCCCAUGAAGACUGUAGGAACCUACCCAUGAUCUCCUUUCUGAUUCUCCCCAUGCAGAGGGUGACCCGGCUUCCCCUGCUGAUGGACACUAUCUGUCAAAAAACACCUAAGGAUUCUCCAAAGUAUGAAGUCUGCAAAAGAGCCUUAAAGGAAGUAAGCAAGUUGGUUCGGCUGUGCAAUGAAGGAGCCCGAAAGAUGGAAAGGACCGAGAUGAUGUAUACAAUUAACUCCCAGCUGGAAUUUAAAAUUAAGCCUUUUCCUUUAGUCUCCUCUUCCCGGUGGUUAGUGAAAAGAGGUGAGUUGACAGCCUAUGUAGAAGACACGGUGCUUUUCUCGAAGAGGACAUCCAAACAGCAAGUCUACUUCUUUCUCUUUAACGAUGUCCUCAUCAUCACCAAGAAGAAGAGUGAAGAAAGUUACAACGUCAAUGAUUAUUCCUUAAGAGAUCAGCUCUUGGUGGAAUCUUGUGACAACGAAGAGCUUAAUUCUUCUCCAGGGAAGAACAGCUCCACAAUGCUUUACUCAAGACAGAGCUCUGCCAGCCACCUCUUCACUCUGACAGUGCUGAAUAACCACGCAAAUGAGAAGGUGGAAAUGCUGCUGGGGGCGGAGACACAGAGCGAGCGAGCCCGCUGGAUCACAGCCCUCGGACACAGCAGUGGGAAGCAGCCUCCGGACCGAACCUCGCUGACCCAGGUGGAAAUCAUUAGGUCAUUCACUGCCAAGCAACCGGACGAACUGUCCCUGCAGGUGGCGGAUGUGGUCCUCAUCUACCAGCGUGUCGGAGAUGGCUGGUAUGAGGGAGAACGACUUCGAGAUGGAGAACGGGGCUGGUUUCCUAUGGAAUGUGCUAAGGAGAUAACAUGUCAAGCUAUAAUCGACAAGAACGUGGAGAGAAUGGGACGCUUGCUAGGACUGGAGACCAACGUGUAACCUCUGAGAUGGCAUUUCGUUACUGCGAGAUUUGCACGGCAGAAUGGUGGGCUGGUUGUACUGUUAAGACUAUUUAACUGAAAGAAAGAGAAACACUCGCCUUCAAGCUUGCCACGAUGUUCUGCUCUCCGAAGAACAGCUAGUUCAUUCACAAAGCUCAGUUCUUACGCGAUGGCCCCGUGGUGAUCCUGUUUGGGUCCUCAGCGCCGCCCGCUGCAGGGCCAAGCAGUCUCAGCACCUACUUCCACUGCAUAACUGGCAUGAUUUAUAUAUAUGGCUACGUCCUGGUUGUCGCAGUGCUCACUUUGCUAAGAACAGUACUGUUCCCCCUUAGGCAUCUCUUUAGUUUUCCAAGUAUCAGCAAAAUUUUGUCUUUAAGGAACACCUAGUUUUGUAAAUAUUUUUUCCUACUCUUUUAACAUCUGAUUCUAAUGCUAUGUUAAUUUCGAAAGGAACCGAUGAGAGCUUAGAAGUGAGCUGUCAGGUUUUCCUAAAUCACUUCCCAGGAAAGGGACAUUGACACUUGAAUUUUUGCUCCCAUUUUCCUCAUCAGAUGGAAAGUAAGGAGCCUUCCUUUAAGGGUUUUUUUUUUUUUUUUUUUAAAUCCGUCUCAUUCAGUAUCGGUCUUAGAUAAACAUAGCCUAAUAAACUACUUUAACAUAGAAUUUAGAUGGCUCACAUAAGUAGAAAUUGUUGAACAUAGGACAGGGUCCUGAUUUUUUUAAUAUUGCCAAGUGAGCUGAUAAGCUGAUAAAAUACUGACAUGAGGCUGCUUUGCCUUUAAUACUGCAGAAUUCUUAACCGUUCUCUGCUUAUUUGCAAAUAGGAAAUCAGGUGGAACACACUUUAACAAUCUCAAGAAAGAAACCUUAGACGUUAUCCACAAGCCAACAUGAUACCUACUUGAAAUAUUUUUGACCUUAAUGCGAAUCUAUUCUAGUUACACUUAAAGUCUUCGCUUUCUGGGUAGGGAGUCUCUUAACUGUCAGUAUCUGCAGAACUUUAUUUCUUCCCCAAGGGCAAGUUGAGAUAACAGUUUUAAUAAUAGGUCUCUUGAAGAGGUAGUGAGGAUUUGGAAGACUGGGAGAGGAUAAAUGAUUUUUACUGUACAUUCCCUCUAUUCUCAACAAUGGCCUACAAGCUGGCAACCUCUGCAGUGUUGUCCCAACCAAGAUCUGCUAACCAGUGGUCCACACCCUAAGGUGACAGAAGCCCCCUGCUUAGGUAAGAGUGCCUAGCUCUCACACUCUGCACCCCUGUACCCAGCAGCGGACUUCUCAUUCUUGGACUGCUGUCUUUUACCUGUGCAUACAUUCGCUUCAGAAGACAGCCCCAGCCCUUUUUUGGAGCCGGAGAAAGUGUGUGGGUGAAGCACUAGCAGUGUGUGGUGUUUGUCAAACAGGAAGUCUGUCUCCUCUUUAAUAACGUCACGAAUUUUCCAGGGGAACAGCUACGAAAUUAUAAUUUAAUAUAAUGUUUUAUUUACAAAAGAAGCUAAAUUUGUUCCUUGCAAGGCUAUCAUUUUGUAUUAUUUUUGCUAAUAAUUAGUUGAAGUUAAAGAAAACAUAUGAAUCCUGUGAAUUUAUAGUGCAAGUGAUAAAAAGUUUUGGAAGUAUGUGCGUUUCAUAAAUCAAAGCCUUAAUGAGCAAGUAGACUCGUACAAUCACUAGGUAAAGUACUGCUACACAGCAGUUAAUGUUAUUCACAACAUUUCGUUUCAACCUAGAAAUCUUUUUAACAUGACGGUGUUUUUCAAAGCCAGUUCUGUUUCUUUGAACACUGUCUCUGAAUUAUAGUGACUUCAUUCAUGGAAAACAAAAAUGCCAUCUUUGUUCCAAUAAACUGAGUUGCUUGUACACUUUAAAAAUUUUGUGAAUUUAUAAAGAUUUUGUAUAUA